CAAUGUUUACUAUAUUGUUUGGCUGGCUAAGUAGCUGCUGUUUAAAUUCCCCCAUGCGUGAUUGAGACGUAAUCUACAGCUCCUGUAUCCUGUGGCUCUGGACAGCCAAACUAUAGGUAUCAAUUCUCUCCAUAGAGGAAGGGGGAAAAACAUUAGAGUAUUGGAAUAUUUCAGAGUUUUUGUGAAUUAUCUUAAAUGUUUCUGAAAAAGAUGUAUAUCUGAAUUUAUAAAUAUAUGGGAAAAAACUGCUGGAAGCUUGGCAUACCUGUGAGAUAAGAGAGAACUAGUUUGAAUGCUUGGAUGAUGUACCAUGCAAUAGUGGAUUAAUUAAGUUGUGAAGAUGUGUUUUGUAUUUAUCAGUUAAUCAACAAAUGUGAGAGGAACAAGGGGAUACAUUCUAAUUUUUUUCAUAGAAAAUUGAUUAAUAAACCUUAUUUACACCUGAAAAUCAAGGAGCAGGUGGGAAGUAAAUUUUUCAUCAACACUUUUGCCUGGGAUUAGCAGACGUAGAAUUCUGUAACCAAGAUGAGUGAUGCUGAGUCAUCUGCUUCUGAUUACAAUACGGAGCUGGUUGGGGGAACAACCCAGCAGAGAAAUUGGAGGGGGAUUGCCAUUGCCCUCCUGGUGAUUUUGAUUGUGUGUGCCCUCAUUAUCACUGCUAUCAUCCUUGUCACACCAGAUGAUGACACUAAGAAAGGUAGUGAAGAAGAACGCCAUAAAGAGAAGUUCACCUUUGACGAUUUCUUUGGAAAUGACUACAAGAUUCAUAGUUUUCACCCUAAAUGGAGAGAUGAUGAUUCCUUUGUGUACAGAAAUGAAGAAGGUUCUGUCUUACUUUACAAUUGUACUUCCAACGUGACAACGGAACUUCUAGACAAUUCAACAUUUAGAGAGCUAAACACUGGAGAAUAUCACAUCUCAGCUGAUCAGAUGUUUGUCCUGCUGCCUUAUGAAGUCCAGGGGAUUUACAGACAUUCAAAGAAAAGCAAAUACAAAAUACUAGAAUUGAAAACAAGAGAAAUACGAGACUUUAAUCCAGUUGGAGAGAGAUACCAAUAUGUCAGCUGGUCACCAAAGGGGCAUAGUGUGGUUUUUGUUCAUCACAACUCGAUAUUCUAUCUGGCUAAUCCAUGGGACCAGAAUGCCACUCCAGUGUUGAUAGCUGAAGAUCCAGGCACAGGAGAAAUAUUUAAUGGAGUCCCUGACUGGGUUUAUGAAGAGGAGAUUAUAUCUUCUGACAAUGCUAUCUGGUGGUCUCCCUCUGGUGACAAAAUCCUUUAUGCCGUCUUUAAUGACUCUGUUGUUAGGCCGUAUUACUACCCUUAUUACGGCUCUAUGGAAGACGCAUAUGGAACAAACAUGAAAAUUUAUUACCCAAAGCCCGGAUAUGCAAAUCCAACAUUUACACUGAAAAUAAGAAUGCUUGGAACAAGUAACCAGACAUUCAUCUUGAAACCCCCUGAGGAUUUUAAAAAUAAAGACCAUUAUUUCACAACGGUUACUUGGAUCAACAAUGAUUAUGUUCUAAUAUCAUGGUUAAAUCGUGCCCAGAAUAAAACUAUCCUGACAAUAUGUAGUGCAAUGGAUGGAAAAUGCAAAAAGAAUCAAGAAGAAGAGAGUAGGGGAGGUUGGAUUGAUCUGUACACUUCACCUCGAGUUAGUCCUAAGGCAGACUGGUAUUAUAUGAUUUUUCCCAGACAAGAAUCGGAAUUGGGCUCAUUUAAGCAGGUCCAGAUGGUAGAAGCCUCCGUGAGUAACAUGAACAAGCUCGAUCCUCCUCUCGCACAAAAGAAAUUCCGAACAGGAGGAACGUCAGAUGUAAUGCAGAUUGUAGGCUUGGAUGCUGAUAGUGAAAUUCUGUACUUCAUUGGAGUUCCAAAUGGAGACUCAAGAAAGAGACACCUCUACAGUGUGAGUACAAGGAUAACUGACAAUUCCAUGCAGGCAACCUGUAUCACGUGUGACUAUAACCCUGACUGCCAGUACGUGUCAGCCAGCUUUAGCCACUCAGCAAAGUACUAUGUUCUGGGAUGUCUGGGGCCCUCAGUGCCAUUUUAUGUCCUCAAGUCAACGAAAUCCUCAAUAGAAAUCACAUUUGAAAAUAAUGACCAUUUGAAACAGAAGCUGGCUAAUAAAGCUCUUCCAGUUGCUAAGUAUGUUGAGAUUCCUAUAAAUGACAAAGAAUACAUGUAUGCAAAAAUGUUGCUACCCCCCAUUCUGGACACAAAACAACACUACACAUAUCCUCUACUUCUUAGUGUAUAUGGUGGACCAGACUCGCAGAAAGUGACCUACAAGUUCCAGCUUGGCUGGGAAGAUUUCUUGGUAAGCUCAAAGAACUACAUCGUGGCCUAUACUGAUGGUCGUGGCAGCUCAGGAAGGGGACAAAAAUGGCUUCAUAGCAUUUACAAAAGCCUGGGAACUGCUGAGAUAGAUGACACCAUUACAGCUGGAAGGUAUUUAAAUGAUAUCUCGUAUGUGGAAUCCAGCAAGAAAGCUAUAUGGGGAUGGUCUUAUGGUGGUUAUACAACAGCAUCUGUGAUUGGUCGAGGAAAUGGUCUGUUUGAGUGUGGUAUUUCAGUAGCACCUGUCACUGAUUGGCAUUACUAUGACUCUGUGUACACGGAAAGAUACAUGGGUAUGCCACAUGAUAAUGUUCUAGGAUACAAGUCCUCUAAUGUGUCACAGUAUGCAGGAAAUUUUAAACAUAUCAAGUACAUGCUGGUCCAUGGGACAGGAGAUGAUAAUGUACACUUCCAAAACUCUGCCCAGUUUAUAAAAGCUCUAGUAGAAAAGGAUGUUUUCUUCAGAUUACAGGUUUACACUGAUCAACAGCAUGGUUUGCGAGGGGGAAACACAAGGAAACAUUUAUUUGAAAGUUUGGAAGACUUCUUGGGUGAAUGUUUUGAAGGCAAAUCUAAAAAGUUUGAAAUGAAACAAAAGGAACUUGAGAAAACACAAAAGCAAGAACCGGUUAAGUGAGAAUAAAGAAA